GGGGAUUCUUCAACCUGUACAAUAUCAUCGUAAGACGAGCCAGCCCUGGUGCAUCAUUGCCAAGGGUUAGGAGGACACCGAUCUCGUUAACCAAGAACAAUUCUUACAAUGGCUUUUAAAUGCCAAGAUCAUAAUAUUGACGUUCUCCUCUACGGACUAGGGGCCAUCGGCUCCUUCUACGCCUUCAUUAUCAGCAGAGAACCUCGUGUUAGGCUGACCGUAAUCGCUCGGUCCAACUACGACGCUGUUAAAGAGAACGGCUUGGAAAUAACCAGCCAAAAGCACGGCAACCAUGUCGUCCGACCAUACAAAGUAUUAAGGGACGCCGCCGAGGCAGAGACAACUUUUGACUUCGUCGUUUGUGCCCACAAGGCGAUCGACCAGGACGCAACGCCGGCCCAGAUCGCACCGGCAGUUGACGAAAAGAAGACAACUGUCGUCAUCAUCCAGAAUGGCGUCGGCAACGAAGAGCCUUUCCGUAACCGGUUCCCCAACCUGACAAUUAUCUCCUGCGUAACUUGGACCGGCGCGAUUCAGCAAGAACCUGGGAAGGUCACCCAGAGAAACAAUGAAGACAUGCAGCUCGGCCUGUACCCCAGCGACGCGGCCAAUGAGGCCAUGGAGAAGGAGAAACUGGCUCGGUUCGCUUCCCUGCUGACGACUGGAAAGACAGUAUUCCAAGUAGUCCCCAACGUCCAAGUCCAACGUUGGGAGAAGGUCGUGUGGAACGCCGCCUGGAACUCCCUUACGACGCUCACGCUCUUGGACACGCACGCCUGGCUCUCAUCCUCGGCCGAGGCCACCGCGCUCACGCGGCGGCUGAUGCACGAGGUGAUCGAGGUCGCCAGGAAAAGCGACGUGCCCAUCGAGUUCGAGCUAGCAGACCGCCUCAUCGACAAGAUCUUGGGCAUGCCGCCCAUCGGGAGCAGCAUGCAGACUGACUACAAGGCGGGUAGGCCGAUGGAGGUAGAUAUCAUCCUGGGGACUCCGUACAAGAAAGCGAAGAAGCUGGGCAUCCCGACGCCCACGCUCGACACUAUAUAUCUGAUCCUGACGGCCGUGAAUCGCCGGCUUCUCGGGGCGUCGGGCCAGAAGUAGUGGUGAAUAUAUGUGACAUCAGCUAGCUACAAUGCAGACGGAACCGUCAGAUGUAUAUUAAUUCUGAAGCCACUUCUUACCGUCUAAUCCCGUAUUUUCCGUGCUGUGGUUUCAUUGUCACUUUUCCUUUCGCCUCAUGUCUUUUGAAGGGGAUCGCUGCCACGGUUUAGGCAGUUUCAAGGCCGGGAAAUUACUUACGCGUCUAUCCGGCGCACGUCAUGCUCCCGCACCACCACCUACGAUGUCUCGGUGCGCCCCUCACACGUACCGUAGUUGGAGUGGCCGGGGCAUCGGGUAGACGAGUGACUCGCAUGUCUAACGCCCCUAAGCGAGUUCGGGUGCGAGACAUAAUACCUACGGAACGACGUAGGUACGUAAGCCGGGGUCUCAUAUGGGCAGGUUGGGAGGGACCGGUGGCGUUCUCAGAACCAGGUUUUCUUGCACAUGUUGGGAGAUUCCCCGGGAUACCCCGGGAUACCCC